ACCAAAAUAUUGAAUCCUCACAACAAAAAAACUUAAGAGAGAGAGGAGGAGAAGAGAGAAAAAGAGGAUUUAUACCAAUCUCUCUUCUUUGGAUUUCUCAAUCAUAUUAAGAUUUUUGAUACGAAGAAAGUACCCCUUCCUAUUAAUUCUUUGAUUUUCUUGAAAGUGUUCUUCAUUUGAUGAAAAAAGAUUCAUAUACUUCUGCAAAUUAUGAGUAGGUUUCGCGUAAAUUCGUCUCCUGAAUUAGCUGCUCCAUCAACAUCUGAACAAUAUUACGAUGAUUCUGCAUUAGAAGGAGUUGCAGCAAAUGUAAAAUUAUUGCUGAAACUAAUCCAAGAUCACAAGGAUGCUUGUAAUAAAGAGAAAAAGGAUGGGAGAAGAAUGUUAAGGGUGGCUACAAUGAUGACAAUUCUUGAUAAUGUUAGGACAAGAAUUCAGAAAUGUCAAUCAUUUGGUAAUAAAACUUCAGAAGUUGAGAUGUGGCGAUGCAACACGGAUCUUAAGCCUAACCACGUUCCGAGGGACAAAAAGCAAGGGGAACCGAUAGCAGACGAGAAAGAAAGGCUACGAAAAGAGCUAAACGCGAGCUUGGCAGCACGAAAGAGCCUCGAGAUAAUGUGUUCAAGUUUGGGAAAAGAGAAAGAGAUUAUGGCCGCAGAACUUUCUAGAAAGGUACAUGAAUUGAAUGGAAUCGAAGAGCUCGUUAGUGAUUUGAAAGCACAAAAUGAGUCAUUGUUGGAAAAAGUACAAGAACGUGCUUUGGAUCAUGAAGAAAGGGGAGGCAAUAGAGGAGAAACACAAGGAAACCUAGACCUCCAAGAACGUAACAAAGUACUCUCAGAGCAACUUUUAAGGUCACUCGAUGGGUAUAGAUCCAUGAAGAGGAAACUAAAAGAAGCAAGAGAAGAAUACGUGGGGAUGCGUUCGACUAUGGAUGAAAUGGGGGCAAAAGCAAAAACGAGCCUAAACAGAGUCCGUAGCUUUAAAGAACGUAUGGCCUCUGGUAGUAAUCCACCAGUUGAUGUUCAAGAGGAAAUCGUCGCAUUGGAACAUAUGUUCGAGUGCUUCCAAAUGAUGGUUGAGAAACACGAGCAAAAGAAAGGAGAAUGUCUUCGGACAAAAGGAGAGAUCAAUACUUGUAAGCCUUCGGUUCUUGCAUGAAAGGAAAAGGUAACUCGUAGUCAGAGAAAGUAGAUCUUGAUUAAGCCAGUAUAGUUCCAUUUCUCAAUGGUGCAUGUAAUUGUUUUCUUAAAUUUUGGCAUUUUUAAUAAAUUUGAAAAGGGGCUCAUUUGUUCA